AUGACAACAUACAAGUUGAUCAACAUCAAGUUUCACUCAUUUUUGUUGACGCUUCUUGGCAUCAUCAACCUUGUUGCCGUGGCCAUAGUUGUAAAAGAAAUCUUAACAUUGUGUGUGACAACUAAUAAAAUGCUGACUCAAGACACCCACUUUACUAUCAAAUCACACUACACGCACACAUAUCAUUGGACCUUUACAAAUUGCUGUUCAAAAGAAACAAAAAAAAAUCAACAGAAUAACCAAAAAUAUUUUUCUACGUGA